AUGAGGAAUAUCCAGGAUUUUAAAUUCCCCCAACGCAAUCAUCAUGUGAUUGAGGGAAACCUGGGCGGAUCGAUCUUUGAAAUGCCGAUUGCAAAUGGCCAGGCGACACAGGAGCCCCCUGUACUGGGCCAUCCUCAAUUUAAGGAUACAGAUGCUACUUCUCGCCCCCACGAGGCAUUGUCUUCUUCGUUUUCUUCUUCGCCUGCCUUUACGCUUCGAUCGACAGAUUUGGAACAAGAGCUUGUGGAAAAGAGAUUUAAAUUCAUCACUUUGCUGGCUCCGAUUACGAUGGCGAAAAUGAUUUGCAAAUACGCUGUUCAAUUUGAGCCCUCUUUCAUCACCACUCUUAUUGAGGAAAUUCGAAUUGGAAUCGACAAGAUUUCUCUCGUUUCGCCAAAUCGAUCGCAACCCUCCGUAAUUCAGAUGGACGGUUCAUUGCUUGCCUCUUCUUCCUUUAACAGUCUGCUUUUUGAAGCAUCGAUGUUUUCCAUACUAUGUCAAUUGCUUGGCUUGAUAAGGGAGAUUUCCGCGCUCGUCCCUGGGCUAAUCAAGACAUGCAUUGUGCAAUUGCUGCGGUUGAGUCGACUGGAGUCUUCCCAAUGCCAAAAAAAUUCCCCAUCUGUAUGCGCUAUCCCUUCGCAGGGCCAAAACUACCAUACCCAUGAAAAGGACAAAGGACAUGAGUUGAAUGGACACAGCGACGGGCACAGCGACGAGCACAGUGAUGACGGAAAUUCGGAUCCUGCAGCUAUUACGUUGCCUCGCGUCUCGAGUCCCAUUUUUAUGAGGGCAAACUAUUCCUUCUCUAGUGAAGCAGUCUUUGUAUUUGAUGGAUCUCUUUUUGUCUUGAAGAGCGAGCAUCUGAUGGCAAAGUUGAUCUGUUGCCUUUUGUCCUCAAUUUUGAGUCACUCUUCGGUGGUAAAAAUUAGACAGGAGAUGUAUUCCUAUUUUAUUGGGCGUCUUUUAAACUCGCCCUCUACGACAUCUAGCUCGACAAUUUCAGGAAAUGGCUUUUAUUGUGGAGGACCGCUCAUUCCUUCUUUAAAUCUGAUUACAGGCUCAAAUAAAUUGUUUGCUGCCAUUCUAGCAUCAAACACAACAGGCAAUAGCCAAAAGAACAGCGGAACUUCUGGGAAGCAUUUUGGAAAGCUAGGGAGAUUGUCCACCAUUCCAAAUGUUUUCUUGCGUUUAAAGCUAUCGCGGGAACAUUUGUUUUCCAAGGGAGGUGUUGAUAUUGUUAAGAACAAAAAGCAUCCUGCUGCCUAG